UCUAUGCAUUGUCAGCUUGUAGACUUGCAUUGCUAGUGCAGUGGAGUUUUCCUUGCUGUAAUGUGUGUGUGUGUGUGUGUGUGUGUGUGUGUUUCAGGUGGUGUUGGUGUUUGCCCUCAGCAUCGGCGCUCUGGUGAUUUACUUCAUCGACUCCUCUGAUCCCAUUGAGUCCUGUCAGCAUUUCGACAAGGACUUCACCCUGCAGAUCGACAUGGCCUUCAACGUCUUCUUCUUGCUGUAUUUUGGACUGCGUUUUAUAGCAGCCAAUGAUAAGCUGUGGUUCUGGCUGGAGGUAAACUCAGUGGUGGAUUUCUUCACGGUUCCGCCGGUGUUUGUGUCUGUUUACCUGAACCGGAGCUGGCUGGGAUUGAGGUUCUUAAGAGCCUUGAGGCUGAUCCAGUUUUCAGAAAUAUUGCAGUUUUUAAAUAUCUUAAAAACAAGUAACUCCAUCAAGUUGGUGAAUUUGUGCUCUAUCUUUAUAAGCACAUGGCUGACGGCGGCCGGGUUCAUUCAUCUGGUGGAGAACUCUGGAGAUCCUUGGGAGAACUUCCAGAAUUCACAGCCUCUGUCUUACUGGGAGUGUGUGUAUUUACUGAUGGUGACCAUGUCCACAGUGGGCUAUGGAGAUGUGUGUGCGAAAACUACCCUCGGCCGCCUGUUCAUGGUCUUCUUCAUUCUGGGAGGACUGGCCAUGUUUGCCAGCUACGUUCCUGAAAUCAUAGAGUUAAUAGGAAACCGCAAGAAAUAUGGUGGUUCCUAUAGUGCAGUAAAUGGGAGAAAGCAUAUCGUGGUGUGUGGACACAUCACACUUGAGAGCGUCUCCAACUUCCUCAAAGACUUCCUACACAAGGACAGGGAUGAUGUCAAUGUAGAAAUAGUUUUUCUCCAUAAUAUUUCCCCUAAUCUUGAGCUGGAAGCCUUAUUUAAGAGACAUUUCACCCAGGUGGAGUUUUACCAGGGCUCUGUGCUCAAUCCUCACGAUCUCGCUCGAGUAAAGAUUGAAUCGGCCGAUGCCUGUCUGAUCUUGGCCAAUAAAUACUGUGCAGACCCUGAUGCAGAAGACGCAUCCAAUAUCAUGAGGGUGAUAUCCAUUAAAAACUACCAUCCAAAGAUACGCAUCAUUACACAGAUGCUGCAGUACCACAAUAAGGCUCAUCUGCUGAACAUCCCGAGCUGGAACUGGAAGGAAGGAGAUGACGCCAUCUGCCUGGCGGAGCUGAAGUUGGGCUUCAUCGCCCAGAGCUGCUUGGCACAGGGGCUCUCCACCAUGCUGGCCAACCUGUUCUCAAUGAGGUCCUAUAUCAAGAUUGAGGAGGACACAUGGCAGAAGUAUUAUCUAGAAGGAGUAGCCAAUGAGAUGUACACCGAGUAUCUGUCCAGUGCCUUCGUGGGUUUAUCUUUCCCCACCGUCUGUGAACUCUGCUAUGUGAAGCUGAAGCUGCUGCUGAUCGCCAUCGAGUAUAAAUCAGACCAGAGAGAGAGCAGCACUCUGAUUAACCCUGGCAAUCAUGUGAAGAUGCAGGAGGGAACGCUGGGCUUUUUCAUCGCCAGCGACGCCAAAGAGGUCAAGAGGGCUCUUUUCUACUGUAAAGCCUGUCAUGAUGACAUUACAGAUCCUAAACGCAUCAAGAAGUGCGGAUGCAAACGGACUAAAAGUAACUAUAAUGGAUACAUCAAAUCAAUAGUGGAGGAGGAGCAGCACUCUUCUCUCUCCCCCAAGAAGAAGCAGCGUAACGGAGGAAUGAGGACGUCACCCACCUGCUCCCCCAAAAACCUCAUCAGACACGAUCCGCUGCUGGAGAUGGAGACCAUGGAUGAGAACAUCAAGAAAUAUGAUUCCACAGGGAUGUUUCACUGGUGUCCAUCCAAGGACAUCGAGAGGGUCCUCCUGACGCGCAGUGAGGCGGCGAUGACGGUGUUGAGUGGUCAUGUGGUGGUCUGUAUUUUCGGGGAUGUGAAGUCUGCUCUGAUUGGGCUGAGGAACCUGGUGAUGCCGCUGAGAGCCAGCAACUUCCACUACCAUGAGCUGAAGCCCAUCGUGUUCGUGGGCUCACUGGAGUACCUGAAGAGGGAGUGGGAAACACUGCACAACUUCCCCAAAGUCUCCAUCCUGCCCGGAACUCCUCUGAGUCGGGCUGAUCUGAGAGCAGUGAACAUUAACCUGUGUGAUAUGUGUGUAAUCCUCUCCGCCAACCAGAACAACAUCGACGACGCGUCUCUGCAGGAUAAAGAGUGUAUUCUGGCAUCGCUCAACAUCAAGUCCAUGCAGUUUGAUGACAGCAUCGGCCUCCUGCAGGCCAACUCUCAAGGCUUCACUCCUCCAGGAAUGGAUCGCUCGUCUCCAGAAAACAGUCCUGUACACGGGUUGGUGCGGCAAGCGUCUAUAACCACAGGAGCAAACAUUCCCAUCAUCACUGAACUCGCUAAAACAGACAAGCUGCUGCCCCUGGUUUCUCUGAGCCAGGACAAGAGCAGCGGGACCAACAUCCCAAUGAUAACUGAGCUGGUGAACGACUCGAAUGUGCAGUUUCUGGAUCAGGAUGAUGAUGAUGAUCCUGACACUGAGUUGUACCUCACUCAACCCUUCGCCUGCGGGACCGCCUUCGCCGUCAGCGUGCUGGACUCAUUGAUGAGUGCUACGUACUUCAAUGAUAAUAUCCUGACGCUGAUCCGCACGCUGGUGACGGGGGGAGCGACGCCGGAGCUGGAGGGUCUGCUGGCGGAGGAGAACGCUCUGCGUGGAGGAUACAGCACACCGCAGACCCUCGCCAACCGAGACCGCUGCCGAGUCGCCCAGCUGGCGCUCUACGACGGACCCUUUGCCGACCUCGGGGACGGUGGCUGUUACGGUGAUUUAUUCUGUAAAGCGUUGAAGACAUAUAACAUGCUGUGUUUCGGCAUCUACCGGUUAAGAGACGCUCAUCUGACCGCAGCGAGUCUCUGCACCAAGCGCUACGUGAUCACGAACCCGCCGUAUGAGUUUGAUCUGGUUCCCACAGAUCUGAUCUUCUGUCUGAUGCAGUUUGAUCAUAACGCGGGUCAGAGUCGCAGUAAUCUGAACACUCAGAGCAGCUUCUGUCCUGUGCGCAGAGCGUCCCGCAGCCGCUGCGCCCCCCGCGACAAGCAGAAUGCCCCGAGGACGAAUCGAGCGGUCGCAGAGAAGAACUGGUACACAGAAGAAGAAAACCGACCAAUCAAACACUCCAGCAGCCUCACAGCCAAUCAGAUCAAUCAGUACAAAUCUAGCGGCAACAUCAUCCAGCCAAUCAGAGAAGUGGAGGAGCCAUGAGGGGCGGGACUCAUCUGAUGACUGACAUUCAGAAUGUUAUUACACACACACACACACACACAC